UCACGGAGGGAGGAGGCUGCCACACUACACCUCCACCUCCGGCGCAGACGGCGGACUCCGGGGAGAGCUGGCCAGAGCGUCGAGGAGCCCGUGCCGGGGACAGCAGGUGGGGUCGCCCGGGCGGGGCCGCCCACCUCCCGCAGCCCGGCCUGGCAUUGAUUGGCUUAUCUUGGGAGCUACAGGACAUUGCUCAUCUGAAGAUCAGGUGACCACUGACCAUGUCAUCGAGGCCUUUUGAAAGUCCCCCUCCAUAUAGACCUGAUGAAUUCAAACCAAGUCAUUACGCACCAAGCAAUGACAUGUACGGUGGGGAGAUGCAUGGUCGCCCAAUGCUCUCUCAUACGGCAUAUUCUUUCUACCCAGAAGAUGAAAUUCUUCACUUCUACAAAUGGACCUCUCCUCCAGGAGUGAUUCGGAUUCUGUCUAUGCUCAUCAUCGUGCUGUGCAUUGCCAUCUUUGCCUGUGUCGCCUCCACACUUGGCUGGGACAGAGGCUAUGGAAGUAACAUUCUAGGAGGUGGUAUAGGUUACCCUUAUCCUGGAAGUGGCUUUGGAAGCUUCGGAAAUGGCUAUGGUUAUGGCUACGGUUAUGGCUAUGGAACAGGCUAUACAGAUCCAAGAGCGGCAAAGGGCUUCCUGCUAUCUAUGGCUGCCUUUUGUUUCAUUGCUGCAUUGGUGAUAUUCGUUACCAGUGUUAUAAGAUCUGAAAUAUCUAGAACAAGAAGAUAUUACCUGACUGUGAUAAUAGUGAGUGCUAUCCUGGGCUUCAUGGUGUUUAUUGCCACAAUCGUCUAUAUAAUGGGAGUCAAUCCAACUGCCCAGGCUUCUGGAUCUAUGUAUGGGUCACAGAUUAUUGCCAUCUGCAACCAGUUUUAUUCACCUACAACUUCUGGGAUGUACGUGGAUCAGUAUUUGUAUCACUACUGUGUGGUGGAUCCCCAGGAGGCCAUUGCCAUUGUGCUAGGAUUCAUGGUUAUUGUGGCUUUUGCUUUAAUAAUUUUCUUUGCUGUGAAAACUCGAAGAAAGAUGGACCAGUAUGACAAGUCGAAUAUUUUGUGGGACAAGGAGCCUGUUUAUGAUGAGCAGCCCCCCAAUGUUGAAGAGUGGGUUAAAAACGUUUCUGCAGGCACACAAGACAUGCCUCCUCCGCCUUCGGACUACGUGGACAGAGUGUACAGUCCCGUGGCCUACUCUUCCAAUGGUAAAGUGAAUGACAAGCGGUUGUAUCCAGAAUCAUCCUAUAAAUCAACACCGGUGCCCGAAGUGGUGCAGGAGCUUCCCGUGACGUCCCCUGUGGAUGACUUCAGGCAUCCUCGUUACAGCAGCGAUGGUAACUUUGAGACACCGUCCAAAAGGGCUCCCACAAAGAGAAGGGCGGGCAAGUCAAAGAGGCCAGAGCAAGACCACUAUGAGACAGACUACACGACUGGCGGCGAGUCCUGCGAUGAGCUGGAGGAGGACUGGAUCAGGGAAUAUCCACCUAUCACUUCAGAUCAACAAAGACAAGUCUAUAAGAGAAGUUUUGACACUGGCCUGCAGGAAUACAAGCGCUUACAAGCAGAACUUGAUGAGAUCAAUAGAGAACUCUCUCGUCUGGAUAAGGAAUUGGACGACUAUAGAGAAGAAAGCGAAGAGUACAUGGCUGCUGCUGAUGAAUACAAUAGACUGAAGCAAGUAAAGGGGUCUGCAAAUUACAAAAAUAAGAGGAAUUAUUGCAAGCAGUUGAAGAGUAAGUUGUCCCACAUCAAGAGGAUGGUUGGAGAUUAUGACCGAGGGAAAACGGAAAGCAAAUUCCAGAUUGUCUGAGUGAUGGAGAAGAAUCCGACAUCUCGGCAGUGGUGUCAGCAUGCAAAAUGACUUUGGACUCUAACCAGAGAGGCCAAACCUUUGUGAUCAUUACAGAGUUUUGGUAGCUUUCAUAUCAUUGGUAUUGAAGCAUUUUAUAAAUAGCUUUUGAUAAUCAACUGUGCUGAACACUCCAAUUAAGGAUUUAUGCUGUAAACACUGGUUCUGAUAUUAAGAACUGUUGUUUGAAGUUUUUAAACCUUUUCAGGAAGGUUGCUGAGUGUACUGUGCUGUGAACUUUCACGCCCUAGGCAGUCAUGUCUUAGUGCUUUAUUAGUUCCAAUAGGUAAUCUCAUUGAAUCCUCCCAGAAUCCUCCCUUCAUGUAACUGUUAUUUAUAAUGGUUCCUUUUCAGAGAAGGAAACUGGGUCUCUGCAGUGAAGUGAAACCACUUGUUUCCUAGCUUGCAGUUUUGGUUAAGUCUGUUUUAUGACUCCAUUAAUGAAGUCCCUAACCAUUCAUAUUGUAGCUACUACGGAUAUUACAUUCUACCAACUUUCCUACCGAUUUUUUUUUCUGUGUGUAAAUGGUUAAAAGAGCUUUUUAUUGUUUUAUGUUAUCUUGGUAAUAAAGACCAUACAAAAGUAACACAUUGUGAAAUUUAAAGAUUGUAAAUAUGUAUUUACUUUUUAAAAAUCAAAAUUUAAAACCACUAGCUAGAAUUUUAUUGUGUAUUUUAAAAUACUUCGUAAUCUUUUAUGGUUUACAUGCUUUUUUUUUUUCUUUAACCAACUAGGCGCUUUCAUUAUAUUAGAGUACCUGAUUACAUUUAUAAUUCAGUUGUGACUUGAAAUGUAUCUUACAGGAAUGUUCAAGUUCUGUACAUAUUUUAUAAGGUAUUAAACCAGGUGUUUUCUUUCUAUAAUAUACCUGUUUGAUGUCAUUAGUGCUGUUAAUUUUAAGCUUUGCAAAACUACACUCAGUAAUUAUAUCUGUUACUGUUUUAAACUCUUUUGGGUGUUAUGCUGGUUGCUUGUUUCCCAAUCUGUUAAUAAGGAAGCCGAUUCGUCUGCCCUUAAAUCUCAGCACUUUCUUUUCAUUCAGAUUUUUAUUAGUAAAGUAAAACUAGCUGAUAAUACUGGGCAUGUCACUAGCCAAGUUGAUUGUAAUUAUUCCCCCAAUUUAGAACUCUGUUUUUGUGGAAAUAUUUUGAAGAAUCUGUAAAUCAGGGGUCCUCAAACUUUUUAAACAGGGGGCCAGUUCACUCCCUCAGACAGUUGGAGGGCCGGACUAUAGUUUAAAAAAAAACUAUGAACAUAUUCCUGUGCACACUGCACAUAUCUUAUUUUGAAGUAAAAAAACAAAACGGGAACAAAUACAAUAUUUGUAUUUGCAUGUGGCCCGCGGGCCGUAGUUUGAGGACCCCUGCGUAAAUUAAUCAUUAGUCUGCAAUUCAAACAUUUAAGUAUGUCAACGUACCUGUAGAGAUUUACUUAAAAAUUUUUAAUGACACUAUUGCAGGAGUCCCCCUUCCCACCCUUUGCCCACCGCCACCCUCCCCGGCCUCUCCCUUCCUUGGCCUUUACCAAAUUACUGUUCAUGUCCAUGGGCUAUGCAUAUAUGCGAUUUUUAAAGGAGUUUAUUUGAGCCAAAUGUUUUGACAACAUGGCAGGAAGCAAGCUCAAAUGCUCCAAGAAUUACAGGUUUGCAGUUUCAUUUGUAUAUUUGGAAAUAAGGAAGAUUACAUGAAGGUCGGAGAAAGCAAGGUAGGGAUUGUAUUACAAGAAAAAUGAUGUGCUCUCUUGAAGGUGGUUAUGCCUCAGAGGAGUCUGAAAAAGAGGAAUACCCUGGUAUUUUAAAGGUGUGUUAACCAAGAAGCACAAGAACAAUGGACAGGGCUUACGUAAGGCAAAGAUAAACCUUUUACUGAAGAAGUUAUAUGCCUGGGGUGUGACUACCCACCAGAAUCAGCACAGGAAUUUAUGAUCAGCCUUGGACUUUCCAGAUUUAUUACAGAGCCCCUUUUUCAUCUACAAGUAUGUCAUUUUUUAAAUACCAGUCUGAAUCAUUUUCCAAAGAUAAACUUUUUUUAUUAUUGAUUUUUAGAGAGAGAGAAACAUCAACUCGUUGCUCCAUCCAUUCAUGCAUUCAUUGGUUGCUUCUUGUUUGUGCCCUGACCUGGGUCAAACCCACAACCUUCACAUAUUGGGACAACGCUCUAACCAACUGACUCUCCUGCCAGGGUCCUAAAAUAAACUUUUAAGUAAUGUUUCCAUUAUAACACUGAUUCAUUUCUUCAAAUUGAAGAAAUUCUUAAUUUUCCAGGUGCUUUACAUAUAUGAGUAAAGAUAAUAGUCUAUGCUUUUCAUACCUGUUGGGCUCACAUCAAAUGGUAAGGACUCUCUUGAGCCACUUAACUGAUUUUUACAUGUGCUAAAAUUUUGUGCUUGGAAGUCAAUGUAAUUAAUUUAUGAAGGCAAGCUUGCCAGUGUUCUGACAAAACCAAUUCAGCUGAACACAGAAAAUCAAAUAGCAUAAGUUUGCGUUGUAAAAUUGUGCCAUAAAAUUGGACUUUGAAAUACAAAAACAAAAUCAUUUUGCAAAUGUGGUACUUACUACAGACCACUUCAGGAGCCAGGAUCAGGGCGUUUCUGAUGGGAUUGACAUUAAUUAGCUGGCUAUAACUUUGAAAAGCCACUCAAGCAGUUUCCUAGUCUGGAAAGCAAGAGGUUUAGAUUUGAUUUCUGAGGUCUCUUCCAUCUCUGACCUGUGAUUCUUAUGUCUGCAUAUAUUUGUUCAAGGUCUUGUUGUGAAAGCAUGUGGUCUAUUUGAUAAAGGUUCACUGCAUAAGAUUUUCUUACAUGUGUGUUUUGUAUUAAAACUAGAUGACAUCAACAUUUUUAUUUAUUUUGAAAAAUUUAAAGAAAUAUUGAAAACUAUAAACAUACCUGUACCCACCACCCAGAAAUAAAAGGUGUUAGUUUUGUCACA